GAGCCUCUAGGGCCCAGAGGAUAUGCAGGGAGGCAUUUUCUCUUGCUGGUGCAGCUGAGAGCGAGCGAGCGAGAGCGAGACCUGGAAAUGAAAGUAAAGAGAUCAGGAGGCACAUGGAGGGAGCUGCAGGGGCAGCCGAUCCAGAAGCAGAAUGCUGCCUUCUGUAAUUAAAUAGCACUUACUAUUAUUAUUACUUCUAGUAAUAAUACAUUAAUAAUAUCUCUAGUAAUACAAUACCAUUUAUCACGGAAAGUUUAUACAUAGUGUGGGGGGGAAAACCCAAGGAGAGCAAAUAUAAUGGAGAGGCAGAAGAGGAAACAAGAAAUAGAGAAAGGACUUCAGUUCAUUCAGUCUACAUUACCCCUAAGCCAAGAAGAUUAUGAGGCCUUUUUGCAGAAGCUGGUGAGAAACCUGUUUGCAGAGGGCAAUGAUUUGUUUAAAGAGAAAGAUUUCAAGCUUUCACUCGUGCAGUAUGUAGAAGGUCUGACUGUGGCAGAUUAUGCAGCCUCUGACGAGGUGACCAUCCCAAAGGAGCUCCUGUGCAAGCUGCAUGUCAACCGAGCUGCCUGCUACUUUGCCAUGGGCUUGUAUGAGAAGGCACUGGAAGACAGUGAGAAGGCAUUAAGUCUUGACAAGGAGAACAUCCGAGCACUCUUCCGGAAAGCCCGCUCCUUAAAUGAACUUGGAAGACACAAAGAAGCAUAUGAGUGCAAUAGCCGAUGCUUGCUGUCCCUCCCACAUGAUGAAAGCGUCACGCAACUGGGGCAGGAGCUUGCCCAGAAGCUGGGACUGAGAGUUCGCAAAGCAUACAAAAGACCUCAGCAGGAAUUGGAAACAUUCUCGUUACUCAGUAAUGGCACAUCAAUCAAUUUAUCAAACCAGACCACUUCUAAUGGAUUGGGUUCAAUAGAUGACAUUGAAACAGACUGCUCUAUGGACCUGCAGUGCCUCCCAGCCCCUGUGGCCACCUCCAUCCCUGUGAGUGAGGGGCUGGCCUCUUUGCCCUCUGACUCAGAUGCAAAGGGCUUGCCUACUUCGCUCCCUGCUGCCAGCCUGCUCCCAUCUCCAGACUGCAUGUCCUUGCCAGCGCCUGAGAGUGUGGAGGAGUUCACAGAUGGCGACAUCAUUGGGGAAGAACUGGACUCCCUCCUGGACUCGCUCGCCGAAGGGUCACCAUACCCUCUAUCUCUGGUCCAGGGCACCAUUCCUACCAACCUGCCAACAGAGAUGCCCCAGCUGAUCCCUGUGUUUCCGGGGGGAGCUCCGCUGUUGCCCCCAGUUGUGACAGCCAGCAUUCCUGUCUCCACCCCGCUGCCACCUGCCUCCUUUGGCCUGGUGAUGGAUCCCACUAAGCAACUUUCCUCCUCCUCUGUCCUGGAUGCCUUCGAGGCCCCACCAGGAGGAAGUGGUGGCUCCACCUUAGAUUCGUUGGAUUCCCUGGAUCUGCUUCCCUACACAGACUCACGGCUUGAUGCCCUAGACUCCUUUGGGACAAGCAGAGGGUCACUGGAUGCCUUGGAUUCCUUUGCCAUUGAAGAAACUAGUCCUCAGGAACUGCGACACACACCUGGCAGCCAAAAACCAUCCCCCGUGGUGAGUGAGCCGCUCCCUCGUGCUGAUGUCCCAAGGUGCUCUGGAGCCAAGGUAGUCAGUCUUGGUGGAGUGAGUCACCCAGCUGUACCCAAGGUCAAUGAGCACUUACUGUCCCAGCCGGAACCAGUAAUGCCCAACACAGCCCUGCUGGUGAAGAACCCUCUGGCAUCUACUCACAUCUUCAAACAAGCCUGUCAUAUCUGCUACCCCAAAACAGGACCCAAGGCUGGUGAUUACACCUACCGGGAAGGCUUGGAGCACAAGUGCAAGCGGGACAUUCUGCUGGGCAGGCUGAAGAACUCAGAAGACAAGACCUGGAAGAGGAUCCGUCCUCGCCCAACCAAAACCAACUUUGUAGGAUCCUAUUACCUGUGCAAAGAUAUGCUAAACAAGCAGGACUGUAAGUACGGGGAUAACUGCACCUUCGCGUACCACCAGGAAGAGAUCGACGUGUGGACGGAGGAGAGGAAGGGGACCCUCAACCGUGACCUCCUCUUUGACCCACUAGGUGGGAUCAAGCAAAGCAGCCUUACCAUUGCCAAGCUCCUCAAGGAACAUCAAGGAAUCUUCACCUUCCUCUGUGAGAUUUGCUUUGACAGCAAACCCCGGAUUAUCAGCAAAGGGACCAAGGACACACCAUCUGUCUGCUCCAACCUUUCUGCCAAACACAGUUUCCAUGACAACAAGUGUCUGGUCCACAUCGUACGUUCCACCUCCCUGAAGUACUCCAAAAUCCGACAGUUCCAGGAGCACUUCCAGUUUGAUGUGUGCCGGCAUGAGGUGCGGUACGGCUGCCUGCGUGAGGACAGCUGCCACUUUGCUCAUAGUUUCAUUGAGCUCAAGGUCUGGCUGCUGCAGCAGUAUUCAGGAAUGACCCAUGAAGAUAUCGUGCAGGAAUCAAAGAAGUACUGGCAGCAGAUGGAGGCACAUGCCAGCAAACCAGCCAACAGCAUGGCUUCUCCCCGGGCUCCUGCGUCAAGCACCUUCGACCUCCAGAUGAAAUUUGUGUGUGGCCAGUGCUGGAGGAAUGGGCAGCUGGUGGAGCCAGACAAAGACCUCAAGUACUGUAGUGCCAAAGCCCGCCACUGUUGGACAAAGGAACGUCGCGUCCUGCUGGUGAUGUCCAAAGCAAAGAAGAAGUGGGUGUCUGUCCGACCACUGCCUUCCAUCCGCAACUUCCCACAGCAGUAUGAUUUGUGUAUCCAUGCACAAAAUGGCAGGAAAUGCCAGUAUGUGGGCAACUGCUCCUUCGCUCACAGCCCUGAGGAGAGAGACAUGUGGACCUUCAUGAAGGAAAAUAAAAUACUGGAUAUGCAGCAGACCUAUGACAUGUGGCUGAAGAAACACAAUCCUGGGAAGCCUGGAGAGGGGACACCACUCACCUCGCGAGAAGGGGAGAAACAGAUCCAGAUGCCCACCGACUAUGCUGACAUCAUGAUGGGCUACCACUGCUGGCUCUGCGGGAAGAAUAGCAACAGCAAGAAGCAAUGGCAGCAGCACAUCCAGUCAGAGAAGCACAAGGAGAAGGUCUUCACCUCGGACAGUGACUCCAGCUGCUGGAACUACCGCUUCCCCAUGGGUGAAUUCCGGCUCUGCGAAAGGUUCCAGAAGAGCAAGACCUGCCCUGAAGGAGAGGAAUGCCGCUUUGCCCAUGGCCAGGAUGAGCUGACAGAGUGGCUGGACCGGAGGGAGGUGCUCAAGCAGAAACUGGCCAAAGCCCGCAAGGACAUGCUGCUGUGCCCCAGGGAUGACGACUUUGGGAAAUACAACUUCCUAUUGCGGGAUGGGGUAUAGUAGGGGAUGAGGGGGGAGCCUGUCAGCUGGAGAAACACAGGGCGGGUUUUCCAUGGGUGGCAGUAGCAGGGAGAGCGAGGCCUGUGUCUCCCAAAGAUAACUUUUUCUUUUCUUUUGUUUUAAGAUUAUGAGAUGAUGAUUUAUUAGUGGUGAAUGAAAUCAUGAAUUUGAUUCUCCUUGGCCAGCGAACACCAUGCUCACUGAGUUUGUGAUGCAUUUCCUCUUUCUUCUUUCCCUCCACAUUCUCCUUUCUCUUCAUCUUCUUGUUUUCACUGUCCUUCAUUCAAAGGAAUGAAUCCAGUCUGGAGUGGGCUGUGGAGAGCUUCUCCUUGUAUCAUUCUUCUGCCCCUCAGUUCAGAAUGUGGCUGCGGAGGUCUGGAGGACAAAGCUGAGAGGAAGGGCCAGACAUCUGGUGAAAAGGUGACCCUGAAGUUCAUGUGCUCCUUUUCUCAGUGCUGCAGAGCAAGCCCCACUUGACACUGCUGUGGCUGGCUUGCUCUCCUGGGAGUUCUGUACCAGAAAAAAUAGGAAUAGAGAUGCAAAGAGGGAAAACCACUAGAUCUGGCUUAAAACAUGUAGGCUUUAGCUUCUGCUGUCUGUAUUGCCCUGAGGCAUCAACUGGUGCUGAAGUAACAGCCAUGUCAUAUAAAGACUAUAGCUAAGAGCAGCAAAGUAAUAAAACCACUUGCAGCAGCAGGAACUGGAUUGUAGGUGACUUAAGACUGUUUCAGCUGACUGUACUCAGAAAGCAAAUUGGUGACUCCUCAUUACAUGUCUUUCUCAGUGCGCAGCAGGUUUUGGUGUGUUUUUUUGGCUGGUGGGACUGGUGGCAGUAAGACUGAAGACAUCCAGAAGGUGUAGUGGAGGCUGUGGCACACCCUGUGUCACUGCAAUCUGUGCAGCAGUAUUAGUCAGGAAGAAGGCUGUAACCAAAAGGAGCCUGUGUUUCUGUGUUGCCUUGUCUCCUGAAGGGAGGUAGGGAGGUAAUGGGGUUCCCUUCUUGCUCUUGGUUACUUAGAGCUGCAUUUUAACCUGCACUGCCAGAAGAACUGGGGACCUGUUCAAAAGGACAGCAUUGAGCAGCACAGGCAGAGCUUUGCUGAUGGGAAUCCAGCUGGAAGGAUGCUUACCAGCACCCCUCCUCCUCGGAGCUGAGGCAGGGAGCUUGCAGACCCAGUGCAGCCAGGGUGUGACCCAGGGCAGGGGCUGUGGUGGAGGGCAAGUGGCACAAUGAGACCCAGCCAUGCACCUGCUCCUGUCCCACCUGAUGUGUGCCACCAUGGAAAACAGUGAUGCUGAGCUCUGGGACGGGAAUUUUGGCUUUUAUAGUGGCAGUAGUGAGGGGCAGCACUGCUCUGCAUGCCAGCCUUGUCCUUUCUGGUGGUCUCACCCCAUAGGCAGUAAAAAGUAUGUCCUGUCCUGAGCUUCCCUCUCCUCUCUUCCACAGUCCAGCUGCGCUCUGUAGUUUUGCAUGCAUGGAUGGCACCAUCCACUCAAACACAAACACAUCUCCUUCCCAGCAUUUACAGGGGAUGUAUUUUUCAUAUAGGGUCUCCCAGGACAGCAGGCUCAGAGCCCUUGGGGCUGGCAGUGCUGUAUCCAUGGUAAAUACAGUCUGGCCGUGAACUGCUUCGUGCUUUGGCAUUGCUGGGUCCCCCAUUUCCCUUGCUGCUCCCAUAUCCCUGGGGUUCCCAGCUUCAGGAGAGAUGUGGAAAUGCAGGAGGUGCUGUGGGGGCAGCUGCACCUUUUUAAACCAGACUCCAGAUGGGUGCAUCAGCUCCACUGGGUUAGUUAUGGCCCAGGAGCAGAGUGCACUGCAUGCUGAUGAUUCUAUGAUUUUGGGUCUUUUCAGUGAUACUCCAUGCUCUUAAGUAAGCUGAAUGCGCCCUUGGACUUAGAACUGUUUAGAUUAGAAAAGACCUUGAAGAUCAUCAAGUCCAAUUGUUUACCCUAGGACUGCCAAGUCCACCACUAAACAGUGUCACUAAGCACCACAUCUGCAUGUCUUUAAAAUACUUCCAGGGAUGGCAACUCAACCACUGCCCUGCAGAGCUUAUUUCCUCUCCUUUAAAAUGUGAAUGGUGGUCACUGGUUUGGUGUGAGCUUCAUUUCCCAGCUAUUUAGCACCUGUAGAUCUGAUUUGGAAGGGGCCUAUCUGAUGAUAGUGCAGGCAGUUCACUAGGAGAGGUGGGGAGAGAAGUGGCUGUUUCCAUCUCUGCCCAUGUGUGGGGAGAAGGACAAGAUGGGGAAGGAUCUGCAGUGCUGUGGGGAGAGAGAGUGGCGCAGGAUAAAACGUGGCAGUUUGGGUGGUCAGGUGGUGUAUUUUCUCCUCUGCCCUUCACUGUAGCUGUCUGGGUCAUACCUUCUCCUGGUGCUCCUUGUGCUUAAGUGGUCAGCUCCAUAGACAGAGACUGGAGAGGAGGUUGGCAUCAGCUUCCGGGUUGUCUUGUUCUGCUCUUGGGCAGAGAUGCCAAGGAAGCUGAUCUGGAUCAUGGAACACUGGGAUGUGUUUUUAUGUUAAACCAAACCUGCAUCUCUUAGUGUGACUCUAGUGUUCGCUGCGCCCUGAUUUCUCAUACAGUAACUUUGUAGGGUGCAAGGUGGGUCACUGUCCCUUCUCCCUGUCGCUCCGGAGGUUUGAGUUGGGGCUGAGGCAGGGAGAGGUGUGUGAUGUGAGGGAGGCCCACAGUCAUGGGGGUUGCGUCCAGUAUCUCUUUAUGUUUUCCCUGGUAUGAUAACCUGGUCUGUGGUGUUGCAGUACUUUGUCACCAGACUUGUUUUAGUGUGUAUAUAUGUGACCCCUCCCAUGAAGCAUAUAUACACAGGUAUUAAAUAUAUCGCUAUAUAUAAUAUUAUAUGUGUGUGGUAUCGAAGGAAUCUUUUAAAUGAGGGUAAAGGAAAAGGACUCGGGCCAGGAAACGCAGCAUCUCCAUUUUAAAUAUGAAGACUUUUAUUUCAGUUAGGGAAAGGGAAAUAACAAAGAGGGGAGGGUUUAUAUAGAUAGGUAUAAACAUUGAGAUGGGACAGGUUUCCCUGUUCACAUUCUGAAACCCCCUAGGAUGUCCUCGCAGUCCUAUGUCGAUGGCAGAGGAUUAUACUGCUAACUAGCAAGUAAAGUUUUAAUGGUAAAGGCUUUGCUUAUAUUAUUUAAAGGGCAGGAAGCUUCACACUUGACUUCCCAGGCUGGCUUUACCAAGCCCAGACGGUUUUCUUCAGCACAUUAUGUACUCUUAGCAGAGCUGCAGACAAACCACAUGGUGUAGGGCUGCUGACCCUGUGACAACUCUCUCUUUUUUUUAUUCACAUGAGAGAAGAAUAAUAUUUUGCAGCGCAGAACCAAAGUCGAGGGUUAUUAACAAAAUAAGCGAUGGUUUAAUUUUAUAACAUUAGAAGAAAAUCUCAUAUCCUGUAAAAUAACCCCAGAUGCACGCACUUGCCCAGAGCAGGGGCUUGUAAAAUGCUGAAGGACUUAGUGAAAAUCUUUUCCCAAAUCCUUUGGUAGGGGCAGGGAUUUCAGUGACACUGGUGUUGAAGUUGACCUGACCUUUACAGGGGGAAGUAGAAAACCAAAAAAUACCCUACUUAGCGUGUAUGAAACUGUAUGUCAAAAAUGGAAGGGUUUUAGCAAGUGAAAAAAAAAAGAUAGCAAGGGGAUGCUGCAGUUCUGAGCUGGGUAGUAAUGACUUUGAGUCCUUUAAUAUGUCUUUGUAUUAAAAUAAUUUAAGAAUACCACGCUUUACUAUUAAAAAAGAAUUUAGUAUCUUUCAUAAGGUCUAGUAUCAAGAUAAUAAUGUAGAUGUUUUAACAACAUUUUUGGUUUUGUUCUUAAAUAAAUAAAUAAAUAAAUAAAACC